AUGACGACAUUUACCACCCGCGACGCGACCAGGUGCAUCCUACUAGCCACUGCGCGGGACGCCGAGCAGUGGGGUCACCGCGCCAUCUACCAACUUGAAUCCGGGGAAUACCUCGCAAACAAAGUAUUAGGGACGUCCUCGUAA